UGGCCUUUCCAAACUAUACCAACCCAUUCCUUCAUACACCAACAAUCCAUCCAUCCGUAGAUCCAUCCAUCCCUUCUUCCUCCUCUUACAAGCCAAGAAGCAGAGAUCCAACAGUCAACAGAGGAGAAGAAGAUGUUCGUCGAUGCGGGCUUUAGCUUCUCCGCCUACUCUUCUUCACCGUUGGGCUACUACUACUCCUCCGUCUUCUCCUACCCCCACCCAGACUACUCCUCCUUCUCCUCCCCCUCAUCCUCCGCUGCUCCGGCGCAACCGCCGUCGCCACCUCUGCCUCUCCUGCACCAACAACAUCAAGCCGCUAUUAUUGCUGCACCCAACACCGCCCCCGCCGCCAUGUACCACCACCUCGGAGACAUGGGGCAGCCAUCCCUGAUAUCAGAGUAUGACCUGGGAGCAGAGGGUGACCUGUUCAAGGCUCCGGAGCCCAUAAUCGAGGAGCCGCUGCUCGCCCUCGACCCCGUCGCCGCCGCCAUCUCCAUGAUGUCCGGCAGCAACAACGCCAUGAACGACACCAUCAAGGCCUCGGACAUGAGCUUGAGUGAGGCACUGUACAAGUGCGAGAAGGAGCUCAUGGAGGAGUCGGCCAUCGAGGAGACGAUAUCCGAACUGCUGAACGUCAAGAUCCCCAUGCUGCAGGUCGAGGACGUGCCCGGGGAGGUCAGGGCCUCUGCCGACGAAUGCUCGCUCCAGAAGAGCAUCAGCCUUAACUCGGCCGACUGGAUGAACGGGUCGGCGGUGACGCCCAACUUCUUCGACUUCCAAGGGCUUGACUUCGAAGCGGCAUUCGGGCUCCGGCGAGUCUACAGCGAGGGUGACAUUCACCUUUGUGACAUGAGGCUUGGUGCCAAUACCCCUCGAGCUGGGAUCGCGGCAAAUGUGCAGGCAUCUGGUGAGAGGCUUGUGACCAUCAGUGACCUGAAAAGGGAGGAAAGGAAGCAAAAGCUCAACAGGUACAGGGAGAAGAAGAUCCAGAGGAACUUUGGCAGAAAGAUCAAGUAUGCUUGCAGGAAGGCUCUGGCAGACAGCCAGCCGAGGGUGCGAGGGAGGUUCGCCAAGAUGGACGAUGGCUACAUGCUCAAGCCAAGGAAGUAGACAGCCAUGGAAGGCCACCGAGGUUGCUGCGAAGCUGAUGAGGAAGUUAGACAAGGUUGUUGCAGGAAGCUGAUGAGCACGUUGAGGUGCAGGGCGCAGGCUUCAAGCAUGUUAUAUUUGGUGUUCCUUCUCCCCCAACAGCGGCAGCGAACCAUUCAGUUGCAAGGUCGCCUUCGCUCUUAUACUCGAGAGCUCUGCAAGUACUAAGAGGCGUCUCUCUGAUGGCCAAGAUCUUGUCUUCAACAUGAACAACUCUAGUACUUAGACUCUGAGAGUAUAGAGUUUACUAGUGUUGAGGAUAGGAGUGUCUCGUAAAAGAGUUUGCACUGAGAAAGGCGAGCCAAAGUACUUUACUUUUUCCGUAUCCCGAAACUGUCGUUCUCUAGCCUCUUUGGAACAGAGCUUUACUUAAUACAUGACAUUUAUCCUCA